AUGGGCACUGGCCCAAUUCUCUCGCCACUUCCGACCACUCCGCGCAUUCCAUCGGUCCGUGCAGAGUCGGCGUCGACCCGAUCGGCCUCGCACUCGCGCUCACCGACCCCGUCACGUGUGCCCAUGCCCAUCGGCACACCGCCGCUCCAUUCGCGCUCACCGGUCGACACCUCGCACUCAGACUACAGCCAGCUCCGUGACUCUUCGCCUCACCAUCGGCUCUCGCCGACGAUCCACGACGAGGUGCCAGCGCCGGCACCAGUCCAGGCGCUACCCACUGGUCGUGACCAGCAGGCCAAGGCCCAGGCCCAGGCCCAGGCCCAGGCCCAGGCCCAGAUGGCGGCCCAGCUGGCCGCGGCCCAGCUGCAAGUCUCGAGCGGCAUGCCGUUUGCCAUGCCGAUGUGGCGGGCAAGAUUUAGCCUCUCGCUGCAAAUCCAGAUCCAGACGCUGAUGGCGCAGAUCAUGACCUCGCCUGCAGCCAAUCCACACCUGCUCUCACAGCUGGUCCAGCUACAGCAGCUCCAGCAGCUGCAGCUGCAGCACCACCAUCAGCAGCAGCUGCAGCAGCUGCAGGCGCACCUGGCGGUGUCUGCAGCAGCUAUGUCGGGCUCGCCGCCCGCAGUGGCCGGCUCACCGCAGAGCUACGGCGCGGCAGCCAUGGCCCAGGCCGCACGUCCACAGGCUGCGGACCAGAACCGGCAGCAAGCAUCGCCGCCGCAGUACCGCCCGCGCAACGCCUCGCGAGACGAGCUCGACGCCUGGCUGGUGACAGUCAAGAGCGCCGGCUUUGAUGGUGCGACGCUUGACGACGCUCUGCAGUUUGGCGUAGCCGUCGCGCUGACCCAGACCGGCUCGCGUUUCAUCCAAGCCGUUCUUCCCAAGUCGUCGCGCCGGGCGCAAGACACUCUGUAUGACAUUGUCCUCGACAACCUCGACGCGGUUGUCGACAACGUCUACGGCAACUACGUGGUCCAGAAGGUUCUCGAGGUGGCAACCAAGAGCCAGAUCAGCGAGCUGGUCGCCGCCCUCGAGCCGGACCUUCUUGCCACCUCGAAGCAGAAGUUCGGGUGUCGGGUGGUCCAGAAGGCCAUUGCCGUCGCUCCCGGGCACGUCCAGCGCCGUAUUGUCGAGCUCCUCGCGCCGCACUUUGGCAAGCUCAUUGAGCAUGUUGUGGGCAAUCACGUGGUGCAACGGAUCUUGGAGAACGUCGACCCAAAGGCGCUCGGUCCGGUUUUCGAUGCUCUCACCGGCUCCGAGGUCCGCUUUGCCUGCCACCGCACCGGCUGCCGAGUCAUGCAGCGAGCGCUCUCAUACGGCCAGCCGCACGCUGUCGCUCACGUCCUCAGGUCGCUGCUCCCGGUCAUCGGAGUCCUCGUCACCGAUGAAUACGGUACGUACGUCGCGCAGCAUUUGGUGACCAACGGGCCGGUGGCGUCGGCCACUGCUGCGGUCAUCGACCAUGUCGCAGAUCGCACCCUCGAGCUCGCCAUGCACAAACACGGCUCGCCCGUUGUGGAAAAGGUUGUCGUUGCCGCCUCACCCGACAUCCUCGACCGCAUGGUCUCCGACAUUCUCGACGCCGUCCCGCAACUCAUGCAGGAUCCCUACGGCAACUACGUGCUACAGAAGAUGCUCGAUGCCCUCGCCCCGCCACAAAAGGGCCAGCUCGUGGCGGCGAUUACCCCGCACGUCGCCCUCCUAGACGGCAUGCCCUAUGGCUCACGCAUCAAGACCCGCCUCAACUGAUCUGAUCCCC